AUCCCCUUGUGAUGUUUCCUUCACGUUAGAAUGUAGGACUCAACUUGCAUAUUGACUAGCGCAACUCAUUUUCUAAAGUUCAGGUUAUCACUGAAUACACUCGCGCUCUUUAGAGGUUCCUUCGCUAUGCCAUAGUCGUUGAAGAGGAAUGCAAUGCUAUCAAUUCAUGGCAUACAAUCAGUACUUGAAUCUCCCUGUUCAUUCCUUGUGGAGGAGCUUUAAUUACUUGGGGGAAAAUUUUACAAGAACUCAGAGACUUAGCAACUUCUUCUCCAAUCUCAAGACAGUUGUCCGAAUUCAUCCCUCUUCCAUUUUAUCAACCAAGGCCUUUUCUAGUUUAUCUAAUACAAGUUCAGCUUUACCUCAAGUUGUUUGUUCAACUUCUACAAGUAAUUCACUAAGCUCUUCCAAAACUGAGCAGGAGCACACACCAUAUCAAGAAGCAGUCUUGGAUUCUGUCAAGUGUGAAGAAGGAGCAGUAAAUGCUAGUUCUUCAAAUGGCAGAGUAAUGCUCAUAGAUGGCACGUCAGUCAUUUACAGAGCUUACUACAAGCUUUUAGCAAAGUUGCACCAUGGUCAUUUAUCACAUGCGGAUGGCAAUGCGGAUUGGGUGUUAACUAUAUUUUCGGCACUAUCACUUGUAAUUGAUGUCCUGGAAUUUAUCCCUUCCCAUGUAGCGGUGGUGUUUGAUCAUGAUGGAGUUCCAUUUGAUCAUACUUGUGUUGCAUUCAAAGAAAAUGCCAUGGCAAAAGGUUUGAACUUUCGUCAUACUUUAUAUCCUUCAUACAAAAGCAAUCGCCCCCCUACACCUGAUACCAUAGUUCAGGGGCUUCAAUACUUGAAAGCAUCUAUAAAGGCUAUGUCUAUUAAGGUGAUUGAGGUACCAGGGGUAGAAGCAGAUGAUGUGAUUGGAACAUUGGCGGUAAGGAGUGUUGAUGAGGGGUUCAAGGUACGAGUUGUUUCUCCAGAUAAAGAUUUUUUUCAGAUUCUCUCUCCUUCAUUACGCCUUCUACGAAUUGCACCUCGUGGCCUUGAUAUGGUUUCAUUUGGAGUGGAAGAUUUUGCAAACUUGUAUGGAGAAUUGAAACCUUCUCAGUUUGCUGAUGUAAUGGCUCUCAUGGGUGACAAAUCUGAUAACAUUCCAGGAGUUGAAGGAAUUGGAACCGUCCAUGCUGUGCAACUGAUCACUAAAUUUGGCACAUUAGAGAAUUUGCUACAAUGUGUUGAUCAAGUAGAAGGGGAACGCAUUAGAGAGGCCUUGCAAGCAAAUGCUGAUCAGGCUAUCUUAAGCAAGAACUUGGCGCUGCUACGUUCAGAUCUUCCGUUCUACAUGGUCCCAUUUGCCAUUGGGGAUCUCACAUUUAAGAAGCCUGAGGUUUGUGCAAUUAAAAGACAAUGGAGAGAAGUUUACGAGCCUUCUGAAUGCUAUCGGUGCUUAUGCUGAAGGAUUUUCAGCAGAUCCAAUCAUCAGAAGAGCUUUCUAUUUAUGGAAGAAGCUUGAAGCACAGUGAUAUAUUUUGUUGUCAGUUCAAGCAAUCAAAAACUGCUGCAGCAGAGUUUUUUCUUUGUACACUAGGUUAAGCUAUCAUAGGCAUUUAGUUUAGCCAGCAAAUGAGAAAUACUGGUGUCAAUUGUGGCUGUAAGAGGAACCCCACGUGAAGCUGUUGCGUAAGGUUGAUUCCAAAUGAAGCUGAAAAUAUCAUUUUUCCUUGUCGUUUCAUGUUAAGUUGACAUAAAAUUUAAUAUUUACUAUGACAUCAUAAUUUUUUAUUAUUUACUUAUUAAAAUACAUUGAAUAAAGUUUAA